AUGGAAAGCACGCCACAGUUGGAUCCGAGAAGACUCCCAAUCAACGGCAAAAGCCAAAAUCAGCAGCGGGCCAGCGAGGAAACGCGCUCCAGACAGAAACAAGAGAUAAAGAUGCAAAGGACUGGAAAGACUCCUCAAGAAAAUACUGUGACUAAGUUGGAAAUUUCAACUCCUAGAAACGACUUCCGGCAUCUCGCUCAUGUUGGCUUGAAUGGCGAGUCAUUUGGCGAGACCGGCUUUCUUAACUCCGACAAAUCCUGGAAGGAUAAUGCCAAGCCGGAAAUAUUGAAAGCGAUCGAAGAUACUUCACCAAAGAAGAAAUUCAAAAUUAAAACCCUGAAAAACUCGGAAACAAUCAUAAGUCCAAACCGACCUCAGAUCUUCCGCAGAAGGCGUUCGGAGACAGACUCGGAGGAUGAAAUCGAGCCACCGACGAUUGAUACCGAUGAUCUUCUAGCUGAUGUUCUGGCUGUUAUGAACACAAGCGAUGCCGACUCAGAAGAAGAAGUCCAAGAUCGAACAUCGAAUGAUCGGGUGAAGCCAUUUCAAAGACUGAAAUCCGAAACUGAAACUGAGUCAGAAGGAGAAUCAGCUGAAGAGUAUUGCAGUGAAGAUCAAUCGGUUAAUAGUGAUGUCAACGUUCCCUCUAGUCACACGCCGCCACCAUCUGAAAUUGCUCCGAUUCCCCCUGCCCGCUUGUCAAACAAGAACUGCAUCAGACAAAGCGAAUCUGACGAUCAUGAAACUCGACAAAAGAAGUUAGAUGAAAUCGUAAAUCGAUUCAAUACAACGGAAAGGAAGGGCAACUCUCUCCAGAGAUACGAAGAAGUAGAGCGUCCUAGACACACCAACUCGGGAUCUGAUAACGGGGAGAACUUUGAGUUAGACGAGUCGAGCGAGGAUGAAGAUAGUGACACUGCCGGCAACAUCACUGUCGUUAGUCGUCGCUCUCGAAGCUCGAGAAAAUCCCGAAACACUUCAGAGUUCAAAUCUUUCUGGGACUGCAUCUCCGAGGAGGACGCAUUUUCUUCGCCCUGGCCAAUUUUGAAAGCUUUUGAGCUGCCGACCACGCAAAUGGAAGAGAAGCUGGACAUCAUGCUCGACAUGUAUUCUGACAAGAGCUUAGAAGAAUGGAUGGCCUCCCUCUCUACCGCGGCAUUGAGCAAAGAAGCAACGAAGAAAGCUGGAAGUUGGAUAAAAGUAAACAUCAGCUGCUCAACGCAGUCGACUUUUCUUGAAUCCAUCUCCCAAGAUGAAGAUAAGGAGUACGUAAAUGCGCCCAAGGAAAAUAAGAAUUUCGAAACAAAAGGUGGUCGCAGCAAGGAAUUUAUUUCGAACAAGGUUAUCGAAAGGGUCCCAACGCCGAGCACAAUUUCCUCCUUCUCGACUCAGUUGGAUGAGGCAUAUGAUGGCCCACUUCAACUUAUCAAAUCAGACAAAGAUACUGCGCAUGACGAUGACGAGCGAUUUUCGUUUCUGUCUGACACAGUAGUCGAGACUGUUGAGAAUCCUUCGAUCGUAAGCGUUAUAGACAUGCUUACCCAGGAUUUAAUGGAAUUCGCGGACAUCGGUGAUGCGAGUGAAAUGUCGGAGAUUGAAAAUAAAUCUCUUGACAUGGAAGAUCGACCAGCGAAAAGGGAUGAGAACAACAAUGAAUGCACUCUCGUCCAAGAAAAAGAUGUGUUUACUUCCGAGAAGGCCGCACAAAAGCUGUGGGAUUUGUUGAAGAUUCUUCACGACAAAGGGAAAGUUUUUAUAGCGAUAAAAACUGCUCAUGGGCAGAACGAUGGUAUCUAUAAUCCCGCAGAAGAUACAGAGCCCGAAAUUACAGUUACGCCUAUUUUGGAACAAGUUGCACAAAUGGCACAGCCGUAUAUCAAGCAUAUACCAUGUCCAUGGAAUUCACUGAUGGGGGAGCUGAAUUUUAGCGAGCAGCCAAGUACAGUUGAGUCAAAACGGUCUAUUCCUGUCCUUGUACUAGAACCCGAAAAUGGACGAGAUGCGACUGUUGCGAGCUUUAUCACUUGGGAGUAUGCUAUCACUCUGAGCAAAGGCUGCAACUUUAAAUCUGGAAGUGUCUAUAAUGAUCGUAUUCUGCUGCAAAACGUGACUAUACUUGAGACGGAAACAUUUCCCCUUCUGGGUGAUUUCUGUCUCCUAAAGAUCGAUGACCUUAUUAGCCUUGAAGACGCUUUACCAAAGUCGUUCUUUCCAUGCUUUCAAGAUUCAUUGACACAAACUGUGAAGAAUUCACUUGACCAAAUGAGACCAUCAUCAACGCAAGCUCCGACAACGUCUCCAGAUGACUCUAUCGAUGGUUCCGCAGAUUAUUAUGACUAUGGACUCGAUGGUUAUGGAUUGCCUGGUGGUGACAUCGGCACCUUUCAAAUUGGAACUUUUGGGGUCGGGGAUGAUUUUACAAGUCCACCACCAACCACUACAACGACCACAACAACCACAUCAUUUCCUGAUUAUGGCAGCAUAGAUAUAGGCUUCUUCGGGCUUAGUAAUUUCAUGGUUCGAAAACGAAGAUCAACCUCUGGAGAACCCUUAGUCAGUACAGUACUUAAAGACUGCUACGUAACAACCUUUUCUCCGUUUCCCAUCGAUAAUCCACCUCAGACGAAUCCUCAGCAGAGCAGCAUUUUAGACAUCUACAUCGGAAAAAACACACAAUCAAGUUUCAGAAAACAUGUUGGCCAAUUUUUACCCACGACUGCAGAUCAUAAAAGAUUCGGACACAUAUUGAAAGGAGCCCCAGUUUAUUGUCUUUAUGGCGGACUUCCCGUACUGUAUGGACUUCAUCAAGGGUACCUUGAAACCAACACCCGCAAAGUCAUCCAUAAUUUGGAUAACCAGCUGUCUUGGCUACGUCGUGCGAUACUCCACAUUGAUGAGCCAGAAUUUUCCACCUAUUCUACGAGCUCUAACUACACUUCACAUCUAUCUGCCGGUGCCUUCAAAAUGGAUUUUCGCCAGUUUGAAAACGCUGACUGUGACGAAGUAAAAAUUCGAAUCUCUGGAGCAGACGGCGUAACAGUCCACUCCAAUUAUGGUUCCGAGUCCGUCAAUGCUUUAUCGAUGGGAAAUGAGGAGUUGAUCGCCACGGGAAAUUUCACAGUUAUAAUGAUUACGAAAGAAGAACCAGCUGACGCUCAACUAUCAUUUCAAUGCCUUGAUGAAAUGUUGCCAUCAAGACACCGCCUUCCGAAACUUUCAUGCAGUGACGAUUUUCUCGUGACGAGUUCUCGUAGUCGCCGUGCACUCAACUCUUUUCCUGUUAUGGCAUCUACCUGGCCAUGGGUUGUUUCGGUUCGCUCGCAAGGAAGUCACAAGUGUGGGGGAAUUCUGCUGACGCCAACAAGAGUAUUAACGGCUGCAUCCUGCGUGGCGGAAACUGAAGUUGCUCUCUGGACAGCCGCCUUCGGAGCUCCGGAUAGAAGUCAACUUUCCCCCAUAAAGGUCAAAAAUAUACGAAUUCACCCGAAUUUCCGAACAAUUGGGCAUCUUGGUAACAACAAUCUCGCCAUUUUGGACAUUGAUCAGCCAGAAAAUGAUCCAAAUACUAGGACUCCUUGUCUUUUACCAGAAAAUCAGAGUAUAGAAAAUAUCUUGGACAAGAAGAAACCUGAAUGCUAUAUUGCUGGUUGGGGAGCUUCAAAUACAGCGGACUCUGUUUUCUAUUUACGUGCUGGCGUCUUCAGGAUGAAAGAAAACUCUUGUCCCACAGCUGAUUUCCCGACUGCUGAAGAUGUCCUCGAAAAUCAAGUGAAUAACAAUGCAUAUUUUGUUGAUCCUGCCAUAGAUAACGAAGCUAGUCCAUCAGAAGGUGAUGUGGGUGGACCUGUUUACUGUGUAUUAGAUGACGACGAACAGAAAGUGCCGUUUCUAGCCGGAGUGAUUGGAAAAGUCGGCGUCGAUGGCGAUCCAACAAAAUUCACAAUUCAGUACCUCCAAGAUGACUUCGCGCGAAGCUCAACACAGUGGGACUAUCUGUCGGUGGAGGAGCAAGAGUUAACGUCAUUUGGUGGUGAUUACAAAAAGGAAUUUACACUUAAACCCGGAGAGAUGAAAGUCUUGAAAGAAAGCUUCGGUAUUGAAUCGAAGACUCAUCAGACAUGGUCUACAUGCAAAGACAAACGCAUGUCAUUGCAUGGCUGGAUUCGAGAAGGAGAAAUUUCAUUAACGCGCUAUUAUCAAAGCGGAGCAGAAAAUGUGACGACUAUUUUCCAGUCAUCGUCAGAAAAUAUUGUGCGAAUAAAUAUUGAUGAUCAUCAAAUAGCAUCAUCUCAGAUUGAUGCUCACAGCAUCGAGUUAAAAUUUGCAAACGGAAAUCAAGGCCAAGCCGUACUCGCUGUAUAUUUCUUCUGCGCUCAUGUGAUGGUUACAGAAUCGAUGACGGCACAGACGCAAUCCGAAAAUGUUUCCGGCUUCUACAAAAUGUCUAACCCGCGGUCUAAUGUCACCAGACGCUGGGACUUCACCUCCACUUGCCCAGACAGCUAUGAUGUGUUCAUUGAUCACUUUCCAGAGGGACCUGGUGGAACAUUAAAUGUCGAAAAGCAGCGUUUCCGUGCUGACGGGGGAUUCUCGUUGUUGUUUCAGCCAUCUCAGUGGUACCAAGAUUCAGGGGAGUGUUAUCACUUUCUACAAUAA